AUGAUGGAUGGCCGGAGGCACUCGGUUGAUAUUCCGAUCUCAAAGACUCUUGUGGCAUUGAGGAGAGUGAGGUCUCUGAGAGACCCUUCAACUCUUUCCAUGAGCAAAUUCUCUGCUUUGGUUGACAAUGUGAAUUGGGAGACCAAUUCCAGUAAUGGGAUUUCUCUGCAAUUCUUGGAUUCUUGCCAAGAAGGAGGUUCGGGGAAAAAUCGUGGUUCGAGACUGAAGAAUGUGGGGCUAUAUGGUGGAAGAGAGAACCACUUUGAUGAUUUCGAAUUGAAUUGCGAUUUUGGGAAACCUAAAUUGAAAUUCUAUGAGAAUUCAGGGAGAGUUGGAAACAAGAAAGAUCAUUUGUAUGAGGAGGAGAUUCCUCGAAACAAAUCGUUGAGUGAAAGAUAUUGCGGCAAUCAAAUUGAUAAGACUUGCAUUAUACCUUCCAUUAAUCCUUUGGAGGAUGUGGAUUCGUGUAAUGAGGCGAGCUUAGGAUCGUUUCGAGGAGAGAGAACGGAUCGCAUAGCAUUGAAAAAAAAAUUUCAAAGGAAAAGGAGAGUGAAAUCUUCUGUGGCGGUUGGUGAUGGCACAAGUUGUGUUGGAAGUCCAUGUCCCUCGCCUAGAGAUGCUCUUUCGAGCAGGAGCAUGUCGUUUUUUGCAAAUGAUGAGGUUGGUGUUGUUGACAAUGACGAUGGUGGAUGCGGGAUAAGCUGCUGCUGGUCGGGAACACCAAGAUUCAGAGAAGCAAACCAAUCUUCUGACGAGGAAAACAAUCCGUUGUUAUGCAGGAAUGAAGAUGAGAAUGCUAUGUACCAAAACCGAUGCUUGAAGUACUAUUGCAAUGAAAUUACUCAAGUAUCCGAAACCCCUAGGAGUUUGAGUCAAAAAUUCAGGCCAAGAUCUUUUAGUGAAUUGGUGGGACAAAAUGUGGUAGCAAGGUCUCUUUUGGGUGCUAUCUGUAAAGGAAGAGUAACUUCGUUGUAUCUUUUUCAUGGCCCUCGUGGUACCGGCAAGACCUCUGCAUCAAGGAUUUUUUCCGCGGCGUUGAAUUGCCUCUCACUGCAGGAUGACAGGCCGUGCGGUCUUUGUGCUGAAUGUGUCAUGUUCUUUUCCGGAAGGAACAUAGAUGUGAAAGAAGUGGAUUCUGUGAGAAUCAAUAGGCGUGAUAGAGUUAGAUCCUUAAUUAAGAAGGCAAUGACUCCUCCGGUUUCGUCGCAGUUUAAGGUUUUCAUUGUUGAUGAGUGCCACUUGCUCCAUGGGGAAACAUGGGCCACCAUUUUGCACAGCCUGGAUAGCCUUCCUCAACACGUUAUCUUCGUGAUGAUCACUCCUGAUCUCGAUAAGCUGCCAAGAAGCGCUGUAUCACGGUCCCAGAGGUACCAUUUUCCGAAGAUAAAGGACGCCGAUAUUGCAAGCAGAUUGGCAAAAAUCUGUCUUGAAGAGCGACUUGAUUUCGAUCAAGGUGCCUUAGACUUCAUUGCUGCAAAAUCUAACGGUUCAAUGAGGGAUGCCGAGAUGAUGCUCGAUCAGCUGAGUCUGCUCGCUAAAAAGAUCACAAUGUCCCUGGCAUAUGAACUUAUUGGUAUUGUUUCUGAUGAUGAAUUGCUUGAUUUGCUGGAUUUGGCAAUGUCAUCAGACACUUCGAAAACCGUAAUAAGGGCAAGGGAGCUGAUGAGAUCAAGGAUUGAUCCUAUGCAACUCACGUCACAGCUCGCAAAUCUCAUUAUGGACAUUCUCGCGGGAUGUCAGGAAGGUUGCUCGGAAGUCAGAAGAAGGUUUUCAAGCAGGCAUACGUGUAAGUGCAAUAAGAUUUCAAAAGGCCGUAGAAAAUAG